CUGGCGCGGCGCGAGAAUCAAGAUUUUAUUGACUAUUUUAGUUUUGAACAAAUCACUUUUAUUAUAUUUAUUAUUUGCUACCAAGGAAAGUAUGAUUAGUAAAUAUUUAUUUAUUGAAAUUUGUUAAUCAUGAAUCAAGAAAAUAUAAAACCCAUAAACAAAGAUACGGUGCAUAAAAUAUGUUCUGGGCAGGUUGUUGUUAGCUUAGCAAUUGCUGUAAAAGAGCUUUUAGAAAAUUCACUAGAUGCUGGGGCAACCAAUGUUGAUAUUCGUCUUAAGAACUAUGGUAUAGAUCUUAUAGAAGUUUCUGACAAUGGUACAGGAGUAACUGAAGAUAAUAUGGCUGCUUUAACACUGAAAUAUCAUACUUCAAAGUUAAAUGACUACUCCGAUCUACUUGGAGUUACUAGCUUUGGCUUCAGAGGAGAAGCUUUGAGCUCUCUUUGUUCAUUGGCAAACCUUACAAUUAUCACUAGACAUCAAACAAGUAGCUAUGCAACUAAAAUACAGUAUGAUAACAAAGGCAAUAUUUUGAGUAAAACACCAUGUUCAAGACAAAUAGGAACUACUGUUACAUUAACAAAUCUGUUUUCCUCUCUUCCUGUUAGACAAAAGGAAUUUCAGAAAAAUUCUAAAAGGGAAUUUAAUAAAAUGACUAAUUUAUUGUAUGCAUAUUGUCUUAUAUCAAAAGGAGUUAAAAUAACUUGCAGUAAUCAGACACAAUCAAACUCAAAAUCAGUUGUAGUAGCAACUACAGGUUCACAAUCAUAUAAAGACAACAUAGCAUCUGUUUUUGGACAUAAACAAAUUCAAAGUAUACUUGAAAUUAAAACAGAAAAUGUAUCUAACAUCAAAGAAAACAUAUUAAAAGGCUUAUCAUUGGCAGAAGUGAAGGAACAUAAUGAAACAAUUGAGAUAGAUGAUGUUGAAAUUGAUUUAUCUGAAGAUUCGAAUGAUGCUGAUGCAAAUAAAACACACAAUCAUCAGAGUGAUAGCUUUUCUUUGUCACAAAAAUCACAAGGAUAUAAAAAUAUUCCAAGCCCAGUUGAAUUGGAGGGGUUUAUAUCUUCUUGCGAACAUGGAAGUGGAAGGUCUAGUACAGAUAGACAAUUGUAUUAUGUCAAUUCUAGGCCAUGUGAGCCAACAAAAAUUAUCAAACUAGUUAAUGAAAUAUAUAAACAGUAUAAUUCAAAUCAAUAUCCAUUUGUGUUUCUAAAUAUAAUUAUAGAUAGAGUUGCUGUUGAUGUCAAUGUAACUCCAGAUAAGAGAAAACUAUUUCUUACUAAGGAAAAGGCCAUUUUGGAUGUUAUAAAGGCAUCUAUAAUAAAACUUUUUGAGAAUAUCCCUAGUUCAUUAAAAUUAAAUUCCACUUUUAGUGAAGACCAUUCUAAAGUAGUGCCUAAUUUAAGUCAACCUAGAAUCUUUAAUUCUUUUAUGCAACAAUUUAAUAAAAACAAUGAAAGAAUUACUAACUUGUGUGAAAUAUCUGAAAAUAAUAAAUCCAAUGAUUUAAAAAGAAAAUUACCAACACAUUUGAACAGUUUUAUAUCGAAAAUAAAAAGAAUUCACGAAACUGAUAAAAAUAAUGAUCAUGAAAUAACUAUUAAUAAUGAACUUAGUGAAGCAAGUUCAAACAAUAAUUCUCUCAGUGCCACAGUACAACAGGAUAUAGACUAUGCUGAGGACAUGCCAUCAUCAUCAGAAACAGCAAAUGUUGAUGUGCAGGAUUAUAAGAAACUUUCUGAUUUUAUGGAAGCAGUUACUACUAGCAGACACGAAAAAAAUGAUAAUGUAAUAACAAAAGAUAUCAUUUACUUAGAAUCUACAGAAAAAUUACCAACAACACAAAUUUUAACACUAUCAAAUGUUAUAACAAAAGAUUUGCAUACAAUAUACUGCAAAACAAAAGAUCCUAAUAAAAAAACUGCUAAAGAGAAAAUUGAAGAAAUAAAAACUUUAUCAAAAGUUAAAACUGACUACAAAGACUUGGGAAAAACAUCUAGACAAUUUGUUACCUUUAAAACAUCAUUGGAACAGGUUAAAUGCUUAACUAAAAUCUAUAAUAAGAAAAGCAAAAAGCAAUUACCUGAAAGAAUAAAAUUUAAUAGCCGCAUUGAUCCGGUUUUUAAUAAAAAAUGUGAAGAAGAAUUAAAUAGGGAAAUAUCCAAACAUUCAUUUAAAGAGAUGAAAGUGAUUGGUCAAUUCAAUCUAGGAUUUAUCAUUACCCUCUUAGAUGAUGACCUUUUCAUCAUCGACCAGCAUGCUACCGAUGAGAUUUAUAAUUUUGAGACUUUACAGAAAACUACUGAACUCACAAGUCAAAAAUUGGUAAUCCCUCAGCAACUUGAGCUAACUGGCGUCAACGAGCAAAUAUUAAUGGAUAAUUUAGACAUAUUUAAAAAAAACGGUUUUACAUUUGAUAUUGAAGAAAACGCUCCUAUAACCAAAAGAGUUAAAUUAUUGACAUUACCAAUGUCUAAGAACUGGAUAUUUGGCAAGGAUGAUAUUGAAGAGCUUUUAUUCAUGCUAAAGGAAUCUCCAUCAGAAUACUGUAGGCCUAGCAGAGUAAGAGCCAUGUUCGCGUCGCGAGCAUGCAGAAAAUCUGUCAUGAUAGGCACGGCUCUUAGCAAGGCGGAUAUGAGACAGUUGAUCGAUCAUAUGGCUGAAAUCGACAAGCCCUGGAAUUGUCCACACGGGAGGCCAACAAUACGCCAUUUGGUUAAUUUGGCUAUGGUUCAUACUUGUUAAUUCAUUUUUAUUUUCUUUAAAUCAUGGCAACUAAAUUAUAUACUAAAUGUUUUUUUAUUACUUAUAUUCAAAACAGUACUGGGAUAUAAAUAAAAUAUUUAAAACUUUUA